CGUUGAUACCAACCUUAUCUCCGCCAUUUUUUGGGAAACUCGUGUUACCCAUUUUGUUCUACUGAACGCAGCCAAGGUUUGCUGAGUUUGAUGUGCAUUUCGCUCGUUUCGUCGUGACUUGUCGAUACUGAUCGUCUGCCUGCUGUUAAUGUGAUUUCAAGUUUAUUAGAGCAUUUGUGUACACUUUCUGGCUCUCUCUCUCUCUCUCUCUCUAAUAACGUUUCAUUUAUUAUAAAAAUAAGAUGACUGAGAUGUCUGUAAUAGAAAUGCCAGUUGCGUCCGAGGUAAAGUCAAGCUGGGCCGAUGAGGUCGAAGAGGAGGGAGGAGCACUGCCCGCACCGUCAGAGAUCUACGAGAAUGGCCACAAAAUACUCACAGAAUACAAAUAUAAUCAGGACAACAAGAAGAUGAAAGUAAUACGUACUUUCAAGGUGGAACGUCGCGUAGUAUCAAAGACAAUCGCAGCGCGUAAGAAUUGGGCCAAGUUCGGCGAUUCCGCCGACGACAGGCCGGGACCUAAUCCAGCAACGACCGUUAUCGGCGAAGAUGUAUUUAUGCAGUUCAUCUCCAGCAAAGAGGAGGAGAACAAGGUGGAGGAGGACUCCUUGGACAAAUUGAAGAGCAUGGGCGACAAAGGCGUCGUCAAGUGUCGUAAUUGCAACGGCGAUCAUUGGACAUCCAAGUGUCCGUACAAGGACACCGUUCUCGCUGGAGGGAAAGUACCCGACGACAAGAAGCCGCUCGGGAAUACGGCCGUACCGGGUGCGAUGGCUGAACUUAAACCGCAAGGUGGCAAGUACGUGCCGCCCGGUAUGCGCGACGGCGGCAACAAACGAGGUGACUCUAUGCAGAUGCAGCGACGAGACGACACGACAGCCAUCCGCAUCUCCAACCUCUCGCAGAGCACCACUGAUGCGGAUUUGGACGAACUCGUCAAGCCCUUCGGAUCUGUGGUGAAGCAAUUCUUAGCAAAAGAAAAGCUUUCCAACCUCUGCAAAGGCUUUGCUUACGUCCAUUUUAAACAUAGAGCUGAUGCUGCGAGAGCGAUUACUACUCUAGACGGCUAUGGAUAUGACCAUCUUAUUUUGAACGUUGAAUGGUCAAAACCACAAGUUCAAAAUAAUUAAGAUUGCGUAAAGUCACGGAGGGGAAAUCCAUUUAUUUAUUGUUAUUUGUUAUAAUUAUAUUUAUUUCACACAGCUAUUCAAGAAUUCAAUUUUUUUUCCUCUUCUUUCACUUUAGUUUCACUUUCGUUCAAAAUUUUAAUGACGGAAUUUUUUGUUCUAAUAAAUCUUCUGAUUUCUAACAUCGAAUAUAACAAGUAUAAAAUUCAUUUUGUCAAAACGGUUUUGAUAUCAUUAUAUUUUUAAGAUUGUACGCAUCUUGUGAGCAGUAUGAACUUAUCCCUCUAAAAAAAGAAAGAAAAAUGAAAAUCGCCGAUCAUGGACGUAGGAGGAGAAGCGUAAAUGGAAUUAGUUAAAUUGUUAAAAGAAAUUUCGAAGAAGAGAAAGACGGCAAAUAUCCAUUUGUUUUCGAUGUGGUUUGGACUCUCUUGAUGGGAACACAACCGAUAAAUACAGCAUCAUUUUAUUCUUCAUUAUUUGGUAAUUUUCAGUUCUUUCAUUGCAUAUACCGAGAAAAAUGUGUCCAAACCGUAUUGAGACAAAAUAUCUACAGGAAGAUAUUGCACAUUCCUGCGAUAUCAGAAACAAAUUAAGAAAAACAAUAACAGUCCGUAUUUAACGUUCUAAAAAAAUCUAAAUUAAAUGUUCAAUUGUCCACUUAAUAUGAAUAUUACGUCUAGAUGCCAACUGGAAAUUUAAAUGCCUAAAUUUAGCGUUGAUUUCAGAACGUGAAUACAGGCCGAAUCCUUUUUCUGCUGUUUUAUAUUUUACGAUUCAUAUACGUAAAGUAUAAAUGACUAAAUACAUUAUUCGUUGUACGAAUAAGUUUAUUAUAGAUUUUUUAGAUAUUAAAUAUCUUUGUUUUUGAUAUCGUAAUAUAUUUCCAAUCUCGGUAAACAAGUAAUAGUAACAUUUACAUCAAUGUUACAUUUCCCACUCAACAAUGCAAGUACAAUAUGUGUUAUACACAAUACCUAUUGUGUAUAAUAUUUAUAUUGUCGAAUGAGACAUUAUAACAUUGAUGUAAUGUUACUGUUGCUCGAUGUUUAUUAGAACGUAUCUAUAAAUUAGCCAUCCUAUUUAUUCCCACGAUGAAACGAUUAUGUCGAUAACUACUAGCGAUUGUGCCAAUAAAUGGGAUACUAUAUACUAUAUAUUGUAGAGAAAGCCUUAUCAACUUCUACAAAUAAAAUGUAACUUUUUACAUG